GCGCUGUCCAGGCAGCCGAGAGAGCGAGCAGUGCGGGAGGGUGAACCUGCCGCGGACGUGGAGAUGGGACGUGCACGGGGACAUAUCCGUCGGUGUCGGAAUUCAGGAUAAAUUGACCCGCGACGGCGGAACUCCGGGGGCACGCGUUUAAGUCAAGCGAUGUGACCGUUUGCAUACAUCUCAAGAAGGACGCUUUUUUUUUUUUAUGUCAAUUUAUUAUAGGGACUAGAAUAUCCCGGAAACUAGGACUAAAAGUUGACCUAGGUUGCCUUUGGAUUCGACUGGGCGACAAGGUUCAACCCGACAUGCGUGUGGAAGAGCGGCAUGUGUGAAGCGGAGGAAUGAGAGAGCUGCCGUCCGCUGACAGAGGGGACGUGUGUCGGGAGAUAAUGGAAUUACCUCUCUGACCACACACGCAAAGUCCGAGGAACUGUAUCAGGCUCAUUGUGUUGAGUCGGGUUUCAAUCCGGUAAAAUUGCUGAUUUAUGUAUUGCUGAUUCUGCUUCUGCACCAGGUCUUAAAUUACCAAUGGAAUAGAUAAAAGAAAAACGGGGGGAAUUGAAUUGAUCCAUAGAGCUACCCCUUUUUGUUGAGAAUACUGCAUAUUCCAAGGAAUGUAGCCUCUUUUAGUGCAAGCAUACACCAACGUCUUUCUAAAUCAUCCAUUAUCCAAAAACAAGUGCACGUUUUAACGGACGCCAAUGUCCCACAAGGCGCUGUGUGGGGCACACUGACCUUAUCAUGGCACGACACUUUUGGAAGUUAAGCUCGGUCUGAAACAGUCUGGCGAUGCAGCGGCACUAUUUUUAUUGGGUGGUGUUUUUAGCACACAACUAUACGCACAAACUAGCCUACUAACCCGUUUAUCACACCCAUAACAUUCGCCAUCGUCGGCGACGACCAGAAGAGAUGCACCCAGUCAAAGGUCGAGCGACUCCCUGCGCCCGUGGGUGCAGUAGCAGAGUACAGGAAACAGCGAGGAGUCGAUAACUGUCAAUCGACUUCGAGCGAGACACGGAAACAGCACGUGGUUGCUAGCACUGGAUGGAGUUGUGCUGGCACGUGCAUGGCAGACACCGAACCCGCAUUUUGACUUUCUAUGCCUAUAUUUUGGAUUAGACCAACUACUACUCCUAUACUAUGUUGAUCCAACUGUCGUGAUUUUAGUUUUUUCUUUUUUGUUUCGCUGUUGUGUCCAUGCAUCUUUCCCCCCCAGACCUCUGGACGUUGUUGUGGACUGUGGUGGUAUUCAAUGCGAUGGGCUGCAUCCAGAGCAUCAGGUGUAAACCCAAAAGCUUCCGAGAGAGUGUCGUGGUGCUGGAGGUGAACUCGUCAAUCGACCCCAAUCCUACGAGCAUCGAUGAGUCCUCCAGCGUCGUGCUGCGGUACAGGACGCCUCACUUCCGAGCGUUCGCGCGGGUGCAGGUGCCCCCCGUGGCCGGCAAAGAGACGUGGACCGUCGGCUGGAUCCAGGCGUGCAACCACAUGGAGUUCUACAACACGUACGGGAACAAGGGGAUGUCGAGCUGGGAGCUCCCCGACCUCCGCGACGGCAAGAUCGAGGUCAUCAGCGACUCGGACGGCGUCAACUACCCCUGGUACGGCAACACCACGGAGACCUGCACGGUGGUGGGACCCACCAAGAAGGACAGCAAGUUCAGCGUCAGCAUGAACGACAACUUCUACCCCAGCGUGACCUGGGGCGUGCCGGUCAGCGACAGCAACGUGCCCCAGCUCACCAGCAUCCGCCGGGACCAGAGCUUCGUCACGUGGCUGGUGGCCGUCAACCAGGCCACGGACGAGACGCUGGUGCUGCAGACGGUGCGCUGGAGGAUGAAGCUGCACAUCCAGGUGAGCCCCGAGAAGCCGCUGGGCCAGAGGGCGGCGCUGAGGGAGCCCGUGGCCCAGGAGCAGCCCCGCGUGCUGGCCAAGAACGAGCCCAUCUCGCACGACGCCAUGGUCAAGCCCAACGCGAACGACGCCCAGGUGCUGAUGUGGCGGCCAAAGGCGGGGCAGGCCGUGGUGGUCAUCCCGCCCAAGUACUGAGGAGGGAUCCUCUUCUGGGGGGGGGGGAGGGUUGGAGCGUUUUUUUGCAACGGAUUGGUGGAUUUUGAAAUGGACUGGUCGAUUUUUAACCGACCGAUACGUUUGAAUGGACCGGUCCGUUAUUGGAGCGGAGCGGUUGGUUUGAACGGGCGGGUACAUUAUGAACGGGCCGAUCCGUUUUGAAUGGGCUGAUUCGUUUUGAAAGGGCUGGUCCAUUUGAAAAGGGCCGGUCCACUUUUAACGGCCUGAUCCGUUUUGAACGGGCUGAUGCCUUUUGAACGGACCGAUCCAUUUGAUAAACGGAGCGGGCGUUUUGAACGGGAAGGUCCACUUGGAAUUGAACCGAUCCAUUUUGAACAGACCGAUCCAUUUUGAACAGACCGAUCCAUUUUGAACUGACCGAUCCAUUUGACUCAUCCGGUGAACCGGGCUGGCCUUGAAUCCCUAUGAAGUUAAGUCAUCUCCUACUUUUUUUAUAUUUUUGUGUUGUUCGUUUUGAAGUUUCCCACCUGAAAGUCUUUCCUCUUCAGAAUCGUUUCACAGAUUAGAGACAGAGCCAGAGAACAACGAGGACAAAAUGCUGGGGAACAGCCGACCAGUUAUUUUAGAAACUUAUGUUUUUAUUGCGUUCAAGUGCUACUGAAACUUUUCCGUUUUCAAAACUAGGUCUAAACACCUGCAACCAUUCUACCCUCAACUUAGGUCGGGUCUCACUGUGCUAAACGAACUCAUCGCAAAAAACUGGAAAACAGAUGCAAAAUCUGUUUCCUUUUUUUCUUUUAUAUUCUUGUUUUGGGUCAAGGAACGUGCGUGUGUGUGUGUGUGUGUGUGUGUGUGUGUGUGUGUGUGUGUGUGUGUGUGUGUGUGUGUGUGUGUGUGUGUGUGUGUGUGUGUGUGUGUGUGUGUGUGUGUGUGUGUGAACUGAAGAACAAAUUGAGUUGUUACAUGUCAGUGUGUGAAUAUAAUGUUACAUUUAUGUAUGUAAAAAUAUUCAUGAAUACCAAUUGUAUUUCUAUUUAUGGGGCUGGGAAAGAGUGCAUUCAACUGUGUUUGUCAUUGUUUAGCGCCACUAUUGUGUGCUCCACGCGACUGAAAACAAACUGUAUGAAGUGCUAUUUCAUGUUGUUUUCAACUGCAAGACAUUCUAUCCAUGCUGCCUUACGUUAAAAAAAAAUGCUUUUUAAGGCAAACGUCUUUUGCCUUAAACUAAGUGCAAUGCAGUAUUUUGCUCAUCAAGCCCGAUUUUUUCCAGGACGUUUGGUGCUGACAUGUUUGGAUUUAGUUACGGACCACCUGGCCACCGCGUGGGACCUUUGGUUCAGAAUUCUAAUGCAAUCUUAUUUAUUAUAAAUCUUUUGCUGUUUGCCUCACACAUGCAAUCUCCCUCCGUCUGCCCGGGCAGACGCAGCCGUACACAAAGCAAUCCACAGGUUCAUUCACAUGAAGUCCAGCAGUACGAUCUGGAGCGUGGUGGGGGGUUAGGUACAACGCGUGUCACACAGCCCUCACAUACAAAUAUAGAUGCACACAGAGUAGCUUCAGCAAUAAACACUUGGAUGCAUAUAGCACAACAUGGCUCUGCUAUUUUCAGGGGGGGAUAAACAAACCUACUAGCUUUUAGGAGGGAGAAAUACAAAGAAAAAAAUCUCCAUUUGAAAUCUCCAUUUGAUUCAUGGUUUUAACACUUCAUCUCAGGGCUUCUUGUUACUGGGCAGAUCAAUGAAGUGGCUGAUCAUAAUGACAGAGAAACAAAGAAUCACACACAAUGUCGCCCUCCACUGUGUUUUUCCUCAUCAUGUCUUCCUUUCUAUCCACUGGUGUGAGGUGGACAGGGCUUUGUCGAACAACCCAUUCAUCUGAUCAAUUAAGUUACGGAUCAUAACUUAUUAUUGACGGUGGCAGCUGGAAGAGAUUACUGUGCUUCUCAUGAAUAAAGACGGUACCUCACCCCUUUUGGAAAGGAAAAAAUACAGAA